AUGGCAGCGACGGUACAUCCCGAGAACGACGAACCGAAGGAGGAAUGGACCUUCGUAAAGUCCAAGUCAAGGUUCCGGAGGAAUCCUCCUAAAGUGCCGUCCAAGGCAUUGAACGUCUCCAAGAACGAUGAACCCCGCAUCUACAAGUCCGUCGCCGAGAUCACGACCGAGUACGAGUCCUUCAAGGUCCGCUGGCGCGAUACCGCAUGUCACUCCCGAAUUAAGGGUCUGGUGAGAGAGAACGCCGACGAGGGCAGAAGGGUGCGGCGGGCGGUGUGUCUUGGCGUCGGCACGUUCGACCCUGAGGACGGGGGAUGGGAUGCGAAGAGGAGGAGUUAUAUCCAGCUGGACGGGUUCCUGACUGUUGUGGAGGUUUUGUCUCACGUAAUGAUAGCCGAGAUCUAUAACGAAUCCAUACCGUGCUCCUUUCAAGAACCGAGGUUCACGCCCAAUGAUAUCGAGUUCCUGAAGAAUCUUGGCCAUGAUGUGGUUGAGUCGCCCGCAGCGUUUGAAGCCGUCGACGAAGAUACGCUGGUAUUUGCCAUUCAUAUGUACCGGCCGAUAUACGAAGCUACACUGGAGAAGGCCUUACCUGCGAUGUUUGUUGGGACAGGAUGGGAUGUUUGGGAUGGGGCCGGAACGUUAAAAGAGGGAGAUUUUAAGUGCAUGAGCGACAUGCAUAGCUCGCACAAGCAGUUUACGUUUCCUCAAGACGGGACUUACACUAGUUUCUCCAGCACUUGCUUGUACUGGAGGCCAAAGCCGGCUGAACAGGAGGUGGCCUCAGACAAGGCCUCUGAGGAGAGGGGGGGUAAAGCGACUGAGAGUCCGGAGUCUGAGAAGGUCAAGAGCGGUGAGAGCGCUGAAAAGACUUCAACUUGA